AUGGAACACACGGACAUCAUUGCUCGCGUGUACCCCGUCCUGGACAUGCGGGAUGCCGCCAAGAAUGCAAUCCAAGGGAGUAGACUCUAUGUCCCCGCGCUGCACCAGCCUCAGCAGCCAGCUCAACGUGGGCUUUUCGAACGUCGACCAAUGGAGCCGGCCAACGACACGGACUUCCCGGGUGACCAUGGCCUGCCAUUCAUCGAGCUUAGACUGAGUGACAUACCACGAACCCAUCACGGAAUUGUCUUCGGACGCGAUCCCCAGAGCGACGUUGUCCUGCCCGAGCAGUAUGGCGCCAGCUACCACCACUUUGCCCUCACUUUUGACGCCGCCAAGCGCCUUAUCGUCAUGGGUUUCGACACCCUCGUGGGAACCGAGGUCACUUACGACAAUGACGGAGGCGGGAAGCGACGCAACUUUCAGUGGAUUGUCAGUGGGGGCAGCAGAUUGUCUUCCGUCAAGGCUAUCAUCGUUACUGUCAACAAGGGCCUCAAGUUUCGGAUCGUUGCCGCCAAGCACAACACAAGCUCUCCGGAAUACAUCGAACAGGUAAACCGGUUCUGCCAGGGGACAGCGACGGCAGGAGAGCUUUUUGAGGGCCUCAACUUCCCCCGCCGCUCUGACACUGAGCUUCCUACAGGAGUCGAUACCCCUGGGCAGGGGCAGGAGCCAAUCUACCUGAGGAAGAAGAUUGGCCAAGGGGCCUUCGGUGUUGUCAUUCACUUUUGGAAUGUUAGUACUGGAGCCAUGUUCGUCACCAAACAGCCGUCCCAGUUGGCAGUCCAGGGGAACCGGGUUGACAGACAAGCUUGGCAAAAUGAGGCCAACAUCAUGGGCAGACUUGAUCAUCCCCAUAUUGUACGGUUUCUUGGGUCGGUUAUGCAACCGUGGCCCGUGUUGCGCCUGGAAUUCGUUCCCGGACUGUCUCUGGAACACCAUGGCAACAUAUCCGCGACCGAGAGCUUGUCAAUCCUCCGCCAGUGCCUAUCAGCCUUGAAAUACCUGCACGGAAUGACCACGCCGAUUAUACAUCGAGACAUCAAGCCAGCCAACAUACUCGUGCAUUCGCGGUCCUCGACCCAAAUCCUCGUCAAGUUUGGGGACUUUGGACUCUCAAAGGAAAGCUGUGACCCGUCAACCAUGUGCGGCACUCCAAAGUACAUCGCGCCCGAAAUGUACGAAAAUAUGCGACCGCGUGAACCUGGCCAUGGUCAGAGGCUAGGCUAUUCGCCGGCGGUGGACAUCUGGUCUCUUGGCGUGGUCAUCUAUGAACAGAUGGGAAAUGCAAUCGUCUCCGACUUUCGAGCAGAUUAUGAGGAACGUCCGAACAAGCUGAAACGGUUUCUGUUGAGGGCCAUGGUGGUGGUCGCGCCGAAUUCCCGUCUCUCGGCCAGGGACUGCUACGAACGAGUGUUGGAAUUGUCCAACACGAUCGAAGGCGGAGAGGCGCCGGACAAGUCUCUGCUGGCACUCGACUGA